AAUUUAUCCAUAACAAAAUAGUAUUUAUCACGUGUCGGGGUAAUCAAUCCGGUUAGCAUUUUUCCUGGAACUACCGUCUCCCAAUUAUCGGUUUAAUCCGGUCUGAUUACGGUCUUGUACUCGACUUAUCUGUCUAUUUGUAUUACAGCCAGUCGCUAGUGUUCUGCAAAAAGGCUGGUCUUGUAAUAGAAUCUGAUUGUCGUGUUCCUUUGGAGAAUUUACACCGAAGCUGUGAUUGCUCUGAGAAACGUGUAUCUUCGGGGAGCAUUUUCACAACCCUUUCAAUGAUUAGUCAUCUCUAGAAGUCUGAAGGAGCAAGUGCAGACCAACUGUUUGAUGAAAUUCCUCAGAGUAGAUGAUUUCGUUAGUCAGAUCAAAGGGGUUAGCGUUUCUAACGAAUACUACAAAACUGACGCGCUGUUUAUGCUCUAAUCACUUGGUAGACCAUGCAUCGACGGAGUUGCAGGAAGUUAUUCGGAUUGUUUCUUCCCACAUUGGUGGUCUUGAUGAACUUGAAGAACACUUGAACAAGGUUUCGGUUUCUCCAUCACCCAACUUCGUUACCCAAGUGAUUGACUCCUGUAAGAACGAGACUUCACCGAGAAGGCUUUUGAGAUUCUUCUCCUGGUCUUGUAAACACCUUGGUUCCAGUUUACAGGACAAGGAAUUCAACCAUGUCCUAAGAGUUUUGUCUGAGAAGAAGGACUACACAGCUAUUCAGAUACUCUUAUCAGAUCUCAGGAAGGAGAAUAGGGCCAUGGAUAAGCAAACGUUUAGCCUCGUUGCUGAAACUCUGGUUAAGAUCGGGAAAGAAGAAGAUGCAAUAGGUAUUUUCAAGAUCUUGGACAAGUUCUCUUGCCCGCAAGAUAGCUUCACAGUGACGACUAUUAUAAGCGCGCUCUGCUCAAAAGGACAUGUGAAGAGAGCAUUGGGAGUCAUGCAUCAUCACAAGGACUUAAUAUCCGGUAACGAAUUGUCUGUGUACAGAAGUCUUUUAUUCGGCUGGUCGGUUCAAAGAAACGUGAAGGAGGCAAGAAGAGUUAUACAAGAUAUGAAAUCAGCAGGGAUUGCUCCGGAUCUGUUCUGUUACAACACAAUGCUUACAUGCUUAUGCGAAAGAAACGUGACUCGAAACCCUUCUGGUCUUGUCCCUGAGGCUUUGAACAUUAUGUUGGAGAUGAGGUCUUACAAAGUCCAACCUACGUCUCUUAGUUACAACAUACUGCUUUCUUGCUUGGGAAGGACGAGGAGGGUGAAAGAGUCUUGCCAAAUUCUAGAACAGAUGAAGAGAUCGGGGUGUGAACCCGAUACAGCUAGCUAUUACUUCGUUGUGAGGGUUCUGUAUUUGACAGGGAGGUUUGGUAAAGGCAACCAAACGGUGGAUGAGAUGAUCGAGAGAGGGCUGAGACCCGAACGCAAGUUCUAUUAUGAUCUGAUUGGAGUUCUUUGUGGUGUGAAGCGGGUGAAUUUCGCGCUCCAACUGUUUGAGAAGAUGAAGAGAAGCUCUGUGGGUGGUUAUGGUCAGGUUUAUGAUCUGCUCAUACCAAAACUAUGUAAAGGAGGAGACUUUGAGAAAGGAAGAGAGCUUUGGGAAGAGGCAAUGUCACUCGGUGUUACGCUUAGUUGCUCCAUCGAGCUGCUUGAUCCUUGUGUCACAGAGGUUUUCAAACCCAUGAAGAAGAAAGAAGAGGCUGCAUUGGUGGAUCCUCGUGCACUCAGCUUAAAGAUUCGUCCUAAGAUGGAUAAAGCCAAGCCGAAAGUGAAACCAAAACCGAAACGCAGGAGCAAGACGAAGAAGAACAUAUGAUGUAUGUGUAUCACAAGAUAAAAACUCAGUAAAAAUAGAGAAAGGGAAGAAACUGUUAGAAACAGAGUAUUUAACCAUUGUGCAUUUCAUCGAACACUUUGUAUGAGUAGUAGAUACAAACCUCGUCUCUCUCUUUGAUACUCUCUCUAAGAUGAGCUUCGGUUUCUCCUCGUCGGCGAGCUCGGUUACGCAUCCACCACCAGAUUACGACGACAAUGACUGGAUAAAACGACCGGAGAGUCUCCGAGAAGGAACAUAGGCACGACACCAUUGUCCGGAACCUUGGCAAUACUCGCGCGAGAAGGAGCUUCCACCAACGUUGGAUGAUACUAGUCUCGAAUGCUGAGUAGUGACUCAAGAACGUCCAUCGAGACGGCGGAGAUUUUCCGUCGGUUUCUAACGGGUGACACUGCGGUUUCCGGUUAAAUUCGUACGUCCGUCUGAACCGAACGACGACGAAGAUGAGGGAGUGGGGGAUGAUUCUCGCUCCAUGUCGAAACCAUCGGUGUAGAGAUUCUCGUGGUUGAUCGGCGGGAAGACAAGGAGAUCGUCGUUAUGUUCUUGGGAGUUUAGGUCUUCAUGUUCCACCAUUUGUGUCGCUAGGGUUUGUUUUUUCACACGACAACGAUUGAGCGCACGAGACGAGCUUGUGUCUGCGUUCGUUGAUUCAUUGCACUUCGUUACUUUGUUUUAUUUGUCAACGAUAAUUAUCUGCUUACCAUAACGAAAUACAUUAUUACUUCAUA